AUGCAAAUCGAUUUGACCAAUGAUGAUGAUGACGAAGAAGCAGAAGAAGUGAAUCAACGUGCUUCACAUCGUAUUCGUCCUUCCUCCCCGGCGUGUCAUACCAGACCAUCCGCCUCUAGUGGCCGCAAUCAUGGGCGCACAGAUUUGGAGCGGAAUCAGACGGGAGCGCUCUUGAUUAAUGAUGCAGAUGAUGAACGCCUUCGGCUCGUUCGUCCUGUCCUGGUGAUUUCCCCAUUACCUGCUACAAUUGUGAACGCCGCAACUACCUCAGGUUCCUCGACUUUGCGUACCGGUGUCGGUUCGACAGAAAUAUCCAAGUCCGUUGAAAAACCUUUGACGGAUGAAAGCCAUACUGACAGCGCUCGAACUGCAUCCAAUGUGCCUGUGGCGAAAUCCGGUAGUUACCGGCAUCUGUUUGAUGCUAUCGGUAGAUUGUCUCCAAAUAUACAGCAUACAACCGGUAAAACAAAUGCAUCGGUUCGACGUGAGUCAGACUUACAACCGGAUCGUACGUCGGAGGGACCUGGGCGAAGUGGCAAACGGAGACAUACUUCAGACAAACGAGACGGUGCUGAUCCUCCUUGGCGAUCGAUCCGACCCGUUUCAUCAUAUCUCCAGUCGUCCGAGCGGAUGGAUGAUUGUGUUCCUGGAGUGGAUCUCUUCGACUAUUCUGAUGGUGAGUGUUGA